AUGGCUUCUCCAUUUGAAGCGGAGCUCGUCAUUGUCGACCCGGACGGCGACCUGGUUUUGAAAGUUGGCAGUGAUCGCAGUAUGUCGGAGGAAGACGAAACCGACUCUCAAAACGGCAACCACAAGUCAAGGAACAGCAAUGACGACUCAGGGAGCAGUAAUGACGACUCAGACACGGCUCUGCAGGAUAUCAAGAAGAACGAGCAACCAAAGACCAUACGAAUUCGUGUUUCUGGCAAGUUCAUGACCAUGUGUUCUCCGGUAUUCAAAGCUAUGUUGGACGGGUCUUUCCGUGAAGGUCAGCUUACACUAAGCGCCGUCGAGCCACCGAUCCUGGAGCUGCCGGAGGACGAGCCAAUGACCAUGGUGGAAUUGUGCAGGAUCCUUCACCACAAAUGGGACGCCGCUCUGGGAGCAUUCCCUUCGUGCGCCUUGCCGAUAGCGAUUGCGGCGGACAAAUACGGCUGCACUGCGAUCAUAAGAUCAUGGUUCCAUCAUCGCUUCUAUCAAGAAAAGGACAAACCAAGGGUGCUUUCGACCUCCAAAAAUGACCUUGCUCAAUUCAUCAGCAUAGCAUAUAUCUUGGAUGAUGCUGGAGCAUUUAAUUCCUUCUCCCGUCAGGCAUACCUGAGAUGGCGCACAAAGGAUGGGGAAAACGAGGAGUUCAUUUCUGAGCUCCAGCGCAACCAUCUUCCAUCAAAAGUUCAUCACGUUCUGGAACGAAUGGCCGAAGCUCAACUUGAAGAGCUAAGCAGGAUCAGUUCCGAAGCGCUCGUUCACCUUUGCGAGGACAGUGGGCUAAAAACUAGUUUCGUCAUUUCCACAUUGACCCGAAAGGUAGAAGUACCGCAGGUGUAUGAUGUGCAAGCAUACAGAGUGGCACAGUACCUCAAAGCAUUAUCUGAUCUCGAUCUUUGGCCAUACGGUCUCGAUAGCGGAUCUUUGUCUCUGGAAGAAGCCAUUUGCAUGGUCCGGCAGCUUGCCAAGCAACAGAAGCCUAACGAUAACACGCUCUGUUUUGAGGACGAAUGUGCUUGUUGUGGAUUGUCUUGGAGUGGGACGAUCGAGAACGAGGUCAACCUCUUCCAAGAUGAGCUGCACGGACUAUGUCUCACCUGUUUGAAGCGCAAGGACCUCUCAACAUCAAAACUGAUCCAAAAAUGCAAAGAGCAUAAUUAUGUUUCCAGCCAAUACUGGUAUGUGGAUUCGGGCCGGGACACGCGAGACUAUCAGACACUGGUGGACUAA